AUGUUUCUUUAUUUCUUUCUCGUUUGUUACUCCCUUUCUUUCUUUCUUUUCUGUUAUUUCUCUUUUCUAUCUUUCUUUUUUCCCUUAUUUUCCAUUUCUUUCUUUCUUUCUUUCUUUCUUUUUUAUUUCUCCUUUCUUUCUUUUUUGUGUAAUUUCUCCUUUCUUUCUUUCCAUCUUUCUUUCUUUCUUUCUUUCUUUCUUUCUUUCUUUUGUGUCAUUUCUCCUUUCUAUUUUUCUUUCUUCCUACAUUUUCCUUUUUUUACCUUAUUUUCCAAUUCUUUCCUUCUUUCUUUCUUUCUUUUGUGUUAUUUCUCCUUUCUUUCUUUUUUUCUUUCUUUCUUUUUAGUGUCCUUUCUUUCUUUCUUACUAUAUUUUUCUUUCUUUUUUCCCUUAUUUUCCCUUUCUUUCUUUCCUCCUUUCUUUCUUUCCUUUUUUCUUUCUUUCUUUCUUUCUUUCUCCCAUCCUAUCAAACUUUUCUCUUCCUUUUUCAACCUUUUUUCCAUCUGCUUGUUAUUCCUUUUCUUUCUGUUCUUCGUUUUUUCUUUCUUGCAUUUUAAUUUCUAUUCUCGUUCUGUUACUUUCUUCUUCUUCUUCUUCUUCUUCUUCUUCUUCUUCUUCUUCUUCUUCUAUUAUACUAUUUACAUUUCUCGUCCUAAUAUUUUCCUGUCAUCUCAUUAUAUUCUCCUCCAUCUUCUUCUCCUUCUUCCACAUAUGUUCAUCUCCUCCGCCUCCUCCUUUCUCUUCUUCUUUCACACACUACGUUUUUUCUCUUCUUCUUUCACAUAUGUCUCUCUUUCUCCCCUACUUCUCUUCCACUUUACAUCUUCUUCUUCUUCUUCUUCUUCUUCUUCUUCUUCUUCUUCUUCUUCUUCUUCUUCUUCUUCUCAGCGUCCUCUUUCUCCUCCACCACCACCACCACCACCACCUUCUUCUUCUUCUUCUUUACAUUUCUCCUCUCAAUAUAUUUCCUCUCAUCUCAUUGUAUUCCCCUCCAUCUUCUUCCCCUUCUUCCACAUAUAUUCAUCUCUUCCGCCUCCUCCUUUCUCUUCUUCGCUCAGGCAAGUUUAUUUCUUUGUUUGUCUCCUCCUGCUCAUCUUCUCCUCCGUCUACCACGUUUUUCUCUUCUACUUUCACAUACCUCCUCUUUCCACUUUACCUCCUCCUCCUCCCUUCUCCUCCUCCUCCUUCUUCUUCUUCUUCUUCUUCUUCUAUUGUAAAUCUCUUUCUAUCUACCCUUUUACUUUCAUUGCCAUUGAGACUUUGAAGAUAAAAUUUGUCACUGCCGAGGGAUAA